UAUGCUUGUGAAAUUCUACUGUAAGUGUAAGCAGAAGCUGAUUUAGUAUUUUUGGGUUUUUUUGUUUUGCAUAAAUUUGUAUAAUAUUGGGAUAUAUCUACUGCCAACUCAAUUUUCCUGUGAAGAGGAUGAGUAAUCAAGAUGUAAUUGUUUUAAAUGUCGGUGGGCUUAAAUUUACCACAAGGCCUUCUACACUACAAAAGUUCCCUGAGUCAAGAUUGGCAAGAAUGUUGAAUGGCAAUGACCCUGAAUUUAAGUUGCUAAAUGGCCAGUAUUUUGUGGACCGUGAUGGAGUUCUCUUCAGCUAUAUUUUGGAUAGCUUAAGAACUUUCCAGCUUGCCCUGCCCAGUGACUUCUCAGACUACAAGAGAUUGCAGAGGGAAGCUGACUUCUAUGAACUUUAUUCUGUGUCUGAUCUCCUACAUCAGGAAAAUUUGCUGAAACCCAAGCCAGAGAUCUUAGAAAUACGAUUCUUGCUCCAGGAAAUGCAGGGCUUUUUUCGUAUAUUUGGUUCCAGCAGCGUAACUAUUGAUGAGCUGGCUGACCGGAUCACCACCUUUGCAGAAAAUUUUAUAGGAAUGAGCUGGAAAAAUCAUCAUGUCCCUUCUCAGCAGUCACUGACUCCCCUUUCUUUGGAGAGGCCUUCGCAUCAUGAUCUUGUCUUCCAAUGCGGCAUCACCUACAGUGAUCAAUCUGUUGCAAGAUAUGUUUCUAUAAAACCUGAUAAGAGGAAGCUGUUUAAUGGAGCUAAUGUUCUUGGACUACUGAUUGAUAUCUUACUGAAAGAUGGAUUUCAUUUACUGAGUUCUAGGACAGUUUCAGCUGAGGAAAAAAUUGAGUGUUAUUGUUUUGAAAGAAUGAGAUCACCAGAUGUCUUUACCAUCAAUAUCAGACAAACACAAAGAGCGACUACUAUGCAACCAUCAAAACAAAUUCAGAUGAAGAAGUCCAAAUGAUAUAAUAUUCUAAGAAAGAUUGUAUAAAGUAUAAAGUUGUAUGUCAUCCUGCAAUUUCUUGGGGAUGUGGAGGGCCAUAUAAAUGUGAUAAAUAAGCAAUUAUGAUUGAAAAAGAACACAACUUUUGCAUGCAGCUUAGGGUUUUUAUUAGAUUUCUUUUACUGAAAUGAGAAGAAAAUAAAUAAGCAAUUAAAAUUGAAAGACAGCAAAAUUCUUGCUUGGAGCGUAUUUUUAUUAUAUUGAAUUUUAUUAUGUUUAAGCUUGAUAUUAGUAAUGGUAUUUUGUAACCAUUUUAUAUUGAUAUUAGUAGUGAUAUUUUGUAAUCAUUUUUAUGUAUAGAUAUAUAUGUUUUUGUUUGUGCGUAAGCAGCUUUGUGGGUGCCUUAUAUUGGGAAAUUGUUUAUAUGGAAGCCAAUGCUUUAUGUACAGGUGAUUGCUUACAUAAAAGAAGAAAAAUGAAAUUCAAUGGUUCAGGAAAUAAGGAGGGGGGAAGGUGAGCUAGCCUGGAUUGAUGUGUAUGAGUCACUACCUUGGAAUUUGUUUUUCUGUACCUUCUUGCUCCUGAUACUGAGACUUGAGCUUCUUUGUUCUGAAGGGGUAUAAAAAGUGGAAGAAAUCUUUUCUGUGUGUGCCUUCACCCCUUUUUAAGCAGCCAUGAAAGGGGAGGAGGACAUCCGAAUCUGUU